CUCUAUUUAGAAUUAGAAUUAGGAUUCAGAAUCACAAAGCGUAGUAAUUUUUAUUUGUAUCAUGAGCUCAUAAUUUUUUUUUUUGAUUCCAUCUCUUAAAUCAAAAACAACUUCGAAACACACAGACCUUUUCAUAUCUCUUUAUAAAGCUCGGGUCCCUUAAGUGUUACAUCGGAAGAGAUUGAACCUAGCUCUUACAGAAGAGUCUUCCUUCACUGUCGGACUAUCCCCUUGACAAUGAAGAAGUUUCAAAAGAAUGGCCUCCUCUCGUUCUUUUGCCUCCUCCUUAUACUUCCAGCCUUUGUUUCCGCAGAGUGUACGUGCGAAGCCGAAGAUGAAGGUGGUAACAAAAGUGAAGCCUUAAAAUACAAACUUGGUGCAAUCGCUUCCAUACUGGUGGCUGGUGCAGUCGGCGUUUGUAUCCCAAUUCUAGGGAAGACGAUUCCGGCUUUACAACCGGAAAAGAAUAUCUUCUUCAUCAUCAAAGCCUUCGCAGCCGGCGUCAUAUUGGCCACCGGAUUCAUCCACGUGCUUCCGGAUGCUUUUGAAAACUUGACGUCGCCCUGCCUGAAAGAUAACCCUUGGGGGAAGUUUCCCUUUACUGGAUUCGUGGCCAUGAUGGCCGCCAUUGGAACUUUGAUGGUGGAUUCCAUUGCAACUUCUUACUUCAACAGGUCUCACUUCAAAAAUGCUCAGAAUCAGGUUAAUGGAGAUGAAGAGAAAGAUGGUGAGCAUGAAGGUCACGUACAUGUUCAUACACAUGGGACUCAUGGCCAUUCUCAUGGUUCACUUGAUACCAAUUCCGCCGAGUCACAACUUCUUCGGCACAGAGUAAUCUCAAAGGUUUUGGAGUUGGGAAUUGUGGUGCACUCGGUGAUUAUUGGAAUUUCGUUAGGUGCUUCUGAAAGUCCCGAAACAAUUCGACCUCUUGUUGCGGCUUUAACAUUCCACCAAUUUUUUGAAGGCAUGGGACUUGGUGGUUGCAUAGCUCAGGCGAGAGAGUCACGAUUGACAACUAUAAUCAUGGUGUUGUUCUUCUCGCUUACAACUCCCGUCGGAAUCGGGAUUGGUAUUGGAAUAUCAAGCAUUUACGAGGAAAACAGUCCAACCGCUCUCAUACUUGAAGGGCUUUUUAAUGCAGCAUCAGCCGGAAUCUUAAUCUACAUGUCUCUGGUUGAUCUCCUAGCGGCUGAUUUUAUGAACCCGAAAAUGCAGAAGAAUGUAAAGCUUCAAGUUGGGGCUAAUGUAUCACUUCUCUUUGGAGCUGGUUGCAUGUCUCUUAUUGCCAAAUGGGCAUAACUGGAACACCGUCAAUCAUUUUUGUUCAGUUAAAUUUCUUGCUAGAAUAGGGACUAUUGCUUUUGUUUUGUCAACUUUUUCCGCACCGCUUUAAAUUGUUUCUCCUCCAUGGUUUCGCCACAGAGCCAUACAUUUGGGAAGCACUUCAAAUUUUGUAACUGUCUGUGUGAAAAAAAUGAAACAUACUUUUACCGUA